AUGGUUGCUGGCAACCAAGGAUCUUUGCUGCCGUGGUUGUCUUCACUCAGUUCUGCAGGCAUGCAGAGGCCGAGUGUUGCAUGCGAUCCCAUGCGGGCCAUGUCUCACCAUGCAGAAGUUCUCUCGGAUGGAAGCGUCCAGAAGGACUCAGCUCUUGUGAUGCGCCGAGAGAUGAACCGAGCGAAUGAAUGUUGGCGGGGCGAUUCUUGGACCUCGGAAUGCCCGAAGUAUGACCAGACGAGAUGCACAAGCUACACGGAGACAGAGUGCAGCUCGAGCUGCAGUACUGGACAAAUAUGUCUGAAGCUGCAGAUGAGCCCUGUCAGCUACACCUGCUGCACUGACACGACCGCCUCCGGAUGGAGUACCUCUGCGUCUGUCACAACCGACAAGGCCAAGCCGCCGGACAGCCAAGAGCUGCAGGCGAAGAAAGCAGACGUGGAAGGUAGUGGGAAGCAUCGGCAGUCUGGCGACGACGCUACCCACUCCGAUAAGGACAAGGCAAGCAGCCAAAAGAAGUCCGCGGAGCCUGGCAAAGACGACACCCACAGCCGCGACAGCGACAAGGAAAGCGACGACAAGCGUCCACUCGAGGAUAAGCUAUCUGCCCUUGAGAAGAAGAAGAAGGAGGCCGAAGAUCACAUGAAGAAGCUGCAGGAGGACAAGGAGCGACUCGCCACGGAGGGCAAGGAGUCGGAGAGCCCCCCGGAGAAGUCGCAGGUGCCUGGGCCUCACCAGGAAGCCGGGCCGGAGGAGCCACCGCAUGAGGAGUCGGGAGCACCAAAAGACGCGCCGUUUUCAGGCGGCAGGGCAUUCGAGGCGCAAAUCUUCGGUGAGAAGCUGGACGAAGGCGUAUUGACGCAACUCGCUGGCUGA